AUGUCUGCCGGCUGCGGCCUUGCGCUUGCCUUUACAGAUGCUGCAGUGCCCCCGGCCGGUGACGUUGCAUCUAGUGGCAAUGCGAUCUGCACCAACAUGCUCGUGGCGGAUCUACAAGCGAACCUCGCUUUGGUGGAGCUUUGCUUCUACAAAAUAAAAGCCAUUUACGUCAAUCGAAGCAUUGCAGAAGAAAUUUAG